AUGUUCUUGAUGUAUUAUUUGAAUGAGUUGGGUCAAAGAAUUUACACCUUGAAGAAGGAAACACCAAGUGGUAAACCCACACUCUCAGCUCAUCCUGCUCGUUUCUCUCCAGAGGAUCAGUAUUCAGAGGAAAGGAUAAUUUUGAAAUCCAGGCAUAAGUUACUGAAGACCCAGCAACCAGAACCAGCUUAUUGA